CUUCCUGAUCUCUUCACCAACUCUCCCCACUACUAGAGAAUUGAGCUGCUCCCAAAGAUGUAAGUAAACAGGCGACUGUUUACAUCUCCUGUGGGUGGGAGAGGCCCCACCCACUCUAUCCUAGGAGAGGGCAGUGAAAGAGGAUAAGGCCCAGAGGGAUAAGGGUGAGGGAGCGUGGCAAGGAGAGGAGUUCAGAUCAGGACAGGGAAUGGAGGAGGGCAAGGAGUGAAGGGCAAAACCCACAGCCUGGGAAAGAGAGAGGAAUGAAACCCAGAGUAUCAGGUGGACGGAUCACGGAACUGGGGGCCAGCGGAGGUUAAGGAAGGAGGGCCCAAGGGUAGGGGUGGGAAAAAGAGGAGGAGGCGGAGGAAGCGCGCUUGUGAAGAGGACAGGCCAGAGCGGGGAGGGGAAAAGCAGGACGAGGGAGAGGGUGAAAGGUGAGAAACGAGGGUGUGAGGAAGGAGGGUCCGGGGCGCUGGGGAGUUGGGGAGAGGAUGGAGCGACGGGUAGAGCAGCUUGGGCCGAGCCGCGGGGGUGGAAUCCAGACGCCGGGCGGGGGAGGGGGCGGCGGGACGGUGGGUGGGGGCCACCAGGCGGCGCCGGAGACCACCAAACUUUACAACGAGCGAGCCUGCUUCCUGGAGGGAGUGCAGACAAGGAGCAGGAGCGGGAGCCGAGCCUCGCGGCCCGGGGUACGGCGCCGCCCGCCCCUCCCCGGCAGUGCCUCCCGACCCCCUGCUCUCCGCCCGGACACGACCCGAGGCCCCGCCCGCCACCCGGGACCCUUCCCCGACACUGCCCCGGGACCCUCGCCCCAGGACCGCGGGGUUCCCUCCCGGCCCUGCCGCCCGCCCCAGCGAGAACAGGCCAGACGGGCCCAGCGGUGGCGGCCCCAGGGAGGCCCGGCCCGGCAGCGGGGAGGCGGAGGGCGCGGCGCAGCCCGAGUUUCCCACCUUUUCUCCUGGCCCAGACGCGGCUGGGGCGGACGGGACCUCUCGUGCUCUGCCUCCUCCUCCUGCUUCAUGGAGCCAUGCGCCUGGGUGGGGGCUCCGGAGAGAAGCGGGCCCGCAGGCUGGCCGGACGCGCGGCGCGGACGGGGCGGGGCGAAGGAGGCCGGCGGGCGGAGGAGGAAGCGGCGGGGCGGCGGCGGCCGGGAAGAACUAGAGGUAUUCCCCGGGCGGCUGGAGGACUGAGUCGAGCCGGGACCCGAGUCCUCCGGUAUCCCAGCAGCCACCGGAGGCAGUGAGGUAAUGGAGGAAGAAUGUAGGGAGUCCUCCAGUGGACCACACUCCUUCUAGCGAGCCACGGAAACCAUAGAGAUCAGGGCUCAGCCGGAGCGCCGGCCCACUGCUGUCAUGUGGCCUCCAUCCAUGCUCUUUAUUGGCUGGCGCUGGCUCUACGGGGUUGAAUGUUGGACGCUGCCUGCCAUUCGUGGGGCCGAGUUUCAGGCAGUUGGAAUAAAGAGACACCGGGAAGACAGCGAGGAGGCCAGCGUCCCUGGCGGGGCGCAGAGUUGGCCGAGCAGGGCACCUGGCUGUCAAGCUUGCCAGCGCAGUGCGCGCUGGGCCGCCCCGGAGCGGUCGCAGAGCCCUCCGGGAGUCGUAGUCCGGGCCAGGCGCGCGGCUUUGUCCGCCACGCAGCUCGGGAUACGGGUCGAGUUGUCCGCCGGGGUGCUGCUGGGCCCAGUCGCGCGUUAGCCACCCAGCAUCGAGCUGCCUACGGCUGUUCUCCCUAAGCACCCUCGCUCACGCCGCUUCGCCUCGCCUCGCCUGACCGGCCGAAGCCUUCGAGAGCAGCUUGAAAGGGGCAGCUCAGACCAUCCUUAAAUCGAGCCGAUGACAGCCCGGCCCGGCCCCGCCCUCGGGGAGAUGCGCGGGGCUGAGUGCCGGCCGCUGGCCCCUGGCCGGGCCUGCCUCCUGAUGCACCGGGAACGGGCUCGCCCACCGGCGCCAGGGGCGGCAGGGGCCCAGCUGCGUCUUUCUCUCCCGAGCCCCCAGCUAGAGGUGCCUUCGGCGGAUUACCCACUUUGCAGGAUUACUCAACAGGCCGAUUAAGCACAUCUUCACCUCUAGCAGGGCAAAGGUUUCUCUCAAAAAGAACAUUACAAAAUGUUUUUGAAAGAAAUUUGGGGGUAAAUUUAACUUAAAUACUGAUUUUUGAUAAGACUUGGUCUUAUGACAGCAUUUUAAAUUACAGAUGGGUUACACUAAAAGUCGUUUCUGACCUACUCCCUUACUCUUAAGGCUCCAAAAUAAACUUAGUCCCUGAAGCAAAGGUGAGCCCUGUUCUAGAGCAGUGUCUUUCUUGUGUAACAAGACGGCCUCAAGCCCACAUACAGGCUGUUUUGUGUUUUGCUUUUCUGUUGAUGCACAAAGGAAUACUUAAUAUGUUUGUCCUCAAGGACCAAAGACAAGUAUCUAGUAAAAAAUGCAAAUCAUAUCUAACAGUGAAGCUUUCCAGCAAAAACCUUCUGCUCUAGAAUGCAUAAUUAUGCGAGCAUAAUAAGAUCUUCUACUGCAGACUUUUAGCAUAAUUACCUAUAGGCAGCAAAACCCGAGUCAACUGAGUGUCUGGUGCUUCUAGGACCUGGACUUCUCAAAGAGAAUGGGCAAGGAGGACAGGAAGGAAGAGACAGCUAUGCUUCGUGGAACAGGAGGUGACUUUUAAAAAAUUUUUCUAUGGCAGUCUUCUUAAUUCCUGUCACAGACUUGAACUGCUUAUCUGCUGUUGAGGCCACGGUUGCCAGUUUCUAACCUUCUCUGUCUGCCUGAAAAACUAGAAAUUAGAUGAUCAUGUGGCCUAGAGCCAGAAGUGCAGGAGGCAGAAAGCCAGAGGCCGAUUUUUUUUUUCCGAAUAAGAAGGCCAAAUCCUGACUUAAAAUAAUCAAAAUAAAUUUUACGGAGUGAAAGUCUUUCCAGCUGAAAGCCUUAAAACAUGGCAUCUGGAAGAAGGCCCUAGUCUAUUGCUCCCAGGGUGGUACUAUGUAGUCAUUAAACAGCCCACAGAUAAGGGAGUUAUUGCUCCCUGGUUAUUGGGCUGCCAGGAACUAAAUGAUGGAACUAAGUUUCACUUGAAACAUUCUCAAAUUAAAACAAAAACAAGCCUUGCUUUGAGCUGUUGAAAAGGCAUUUUACUGAGACUAUCCAGAUGUUGUUGCUGUUCUUAAAUGUUUUUGAAAGGCAAAGGGUCAGAACUUUUCAGAAAGUCACUUUGAGGUCACCUCACAUCAGCAAGCAACAGUCUGAACUGAUGGAAAAAUAAACAAUGAAAUUACAAACAGGAGGAAGAAACUGAAAUGAGGGUAGUUUUUGCCAUAAAUAUGAAAGAGGCUGUGUCUUACUUAUCUUCUCAUUUCCUGUACAUAAUUCAGAAACCUGGUAUGUAAUAGACAUACAUAUUAUUUGUAGCCUGACUGAAUAAAUGAAGAAGGAAACCAAGAAGCAGCAGGCAGAUAAUAUACUUGGGACAGGAGAACUGUAAAGGAGCUGGGUGGCUCAAGACCUCUGUAUGAUCCGCACAUGUCACCCCAAUCUGCUGUGACAUAGCUGUACUACUCAUCAGAAUACCCCAAAAUGAACUGUUUGCCUCCCUUAUGUAAAGCUUUUAUCAUUUCCUAUCUUGAAUGGUUAAGAAUAUGUAGUAAUGGUUAAGAGACUCCACUGCGGAAUCAACCUGCAUGGCUUCAAAUUCCAGCCCUGAUGGUGAAUACCUGAGAACAAGUGACGUCAGUGACUCAGGUUUAUCAUCUGUAAAAUGGGGAUUAUAGCAUUCCUGCCUCAUAGGGAUGUUAUCAGAUUUAAAUAUCAAUAAGUCUAUACAUUAUGAACCUUAUCAUAUUGGCAUGGCAGAAAUGCUCAGUAACUGAACUUUGUGAACAUUAGAAUGUUGAGAUCCGCAUGAGGUAGCCUGCAUACUGGGCAUAUACAUUCUUCUGGAUUUGUUCCUUGUGUGAGCAAUCAAUGAUAAGCUAAAGGCAUUUGCUAGCCAAUAGGAAGAAAUAAGGUUUCACAUGGGAUCUUGGUGGGUGAUGUAGAUUUUAUCUGUCCCAUUUGUCCCAUUUCUCAACUUGAAGUAAGCCUGGCCUUGGUCUGCAUCUCUGCUCUCCCUUCCACAAAAGGCAGGCCCUGAGAGACUCCAGAAAUGGCACCUGUCUCCUGUGUGUCCUCCACCACUUUGUCCACUUGGGCACUUCAAAGGUAUGAUCAGUAUUUAUCUGAUUAAAAGAAAUCUUUGUAUAUACAGAUAUCUACAUAGGUUGAAUCUUUCAGAGGUAUAAAGUAGUUUAAAUAAACAAAUAAACCCU